CCAAUCUGCCACUGUCUCCUUCCUCUCGUCUUCACCUUGAUUCCUCCACUUUUUUGUUGGCCCCAUUCCAUGGACGACUGCCUUCCAUCUCCGAAGACACCGUCAACUCUCCGCCGCUGGCACUCCAUACCCACUUCCGUCGUGGUGCCCCCCCGAGCCGACUCCUAUGCCGCCGCCACGCACACGCCGCGGCCAUCAGUUCUCGACUUGGACUUUGGCUCCAUCAAGUCUCCCUCUUCCUACACGUCCCUUAGAGAUGUACUUCCUUCAUCCGCCGCAGCCGUCAAUUCCCCCACCGCCUCCUCCGCCGCCACCAACUCCUCCUAUCACAUAUCCAUUCGCAAUCGCCUCGUUAAGCAGGCCGCUUGGGCUUACCUCCAGCCCCUGUCUGCUUCCCCACAAAGCUCAUCCGGCCCAAAUAUACUCCGCCGCCUCUCCUUGAGAUUCUCCUCCUGCUUCCGC